AUGAUUCCGCAGACGGAGUCACCACACGCUGUUUCAAUCAACAGUACACCCCCAGAACUUCUCAAGCGCAUCUUCAAUUAUCUACUCUAUGCCAGAGACCUAGAUGAACCGACGAGUGCUCGCGUUGACGACAUCCGCUCUCUCCGACUGACAUGCCGACGUUUCUGUCAAUUGGCCUCGCCGCUACUCAUCUCCGAACUAAGCGUCUCGAUGACCGAGGCGUCCCUGGAACGCUUGAGGAAUGUCUCUAGUCACCAAUUGAUCGGAUCUGGAGUGCGCAGGCUCCACGUCAAGCUCCCAUACUACGAUCGCUACAUGGCUGACAAUCUCACCCACUUUGCGUAUUUUCACAUCUACGGUAUGGGUCGCCAUCUCAGUCAUCUUAAAGCUGCAAUCACGUCUCCAGACUCUCCGCUGAGGCCGUCAUACGAGGUGCCUGCUUGGGUCAAUGCCGAGGUGCUUGAACUGGGCGAGGAGAUGAUUUCUGCCUGGGAGUCAAUUUACACCGAAGAUCCAGAUGACCCGGAACGGGAUUCAGACGAGUGUAUCAAAUAUCGAAAUAUCCUCAGAGAAACUCAUCGUGAAUAUCAACUUUUAUUUAAAGCGCAGCAACAAAUGCGAGAGAACGGUGUUUUCCUCUCUAGCAUCGCAUCCGCCAUGGCAAAAAUGCCUCAUGCGGAUAGAUUAGAAAUCACCGAUGGCCAAGAUCCUCAUCACAAGAAAGACGCCUAUCUCGUCGACCGAGACUACCGCACGUCUCUGAAAGCUAUCAUGCUGGAACCUCACACUUGGUCCGAUGCUUCAUUUCUCUACACAAAUCCCGAUUUCGAACCACCAACCGAGUUAUUACACAAGCUACCAGUCGAAAUACAGAGAGCAGGCGCAGCCUUGCGAGUAGUCGAAGUUCAGUGCUCUGGGCCUUGGACAUACGCGCAACUAUCUAUGUCCCCUUCGGAGCGAGAUUCAUUAAUCGAAUUGCUCCAGAACUUGCAAACUCUCAUCUUUGACACAGCCGGGAAGAAGAGAGGAACAGGCUGGUAUUUCACCCGCCAAGAGGACGCGAGGGAUAUCGUAUUCGAUUUUCUGUCAACCUUCCUCCAGGCUCCCAAUCUCGAACACCUCACCAUCGCAUUUUCAGAAUUUGCACUAGGUUCACAAAGCCUGAUUCAAGUCCUUGCCGGAGCACAAAACAAGUGUUUGAGACAGCUACGCUUAAAGGGUGCUGCGUUGAGAAAAGGCGAACUUGGGCAGUAUCUGGCGCAUAUUAAAGGUUCAUGCAAUGUUGUGUUGGAAUCUGCGGAAUUGCUUGAUGGGGAGUGGGCAGAUGAAGCUGAUGAACUGAGGGGUCUGUCAGGAGUCUCGAUUACUGUUAUUGACCCUUUUGGCGCUGAGUUUCGAAGUGGACAGUUCCGCGAUAUGUGGAAUGCCGAGGAGGAGGGGAUGCUUAACAAAUACCUGCAGGGAUCCAGUUCUAUGAACCCUUUCAGAAACAAGAACAUCUCGUAG